AUGUCGGACCGUGUGACGCAAAUCGCCUCUCACCUCCACUACCCUAAAGGCAUGCUCGCCGGCCAGGUGGCCAUCAUCACCGGGAGCGGACAAGGGAUCGGGGCCGAAACGGCACGGCUGUUCGCCAACGAAGGCGCGAAAGUCGUCAUCUCUGAUAUUGACGCCAAAAAGGCCCAGGAGGUCGCGGACGGCAUCAACGCCGCCGGCGGCCAGGCCCUCAGCGUCCCCGGCGACGUGCUCUCGGCGGACUACAUCACCGAGCUCGUGGCCAAGGCGGCCUCCUUCGGCGGCGGCAAGAUCCACCACCUGGUCAACAACGCCGGCUACACCUGGGACGGCGUCGUGCACAAGAUGACGGACGCGCAGUGGGACACCAUCGUCGCGCUGCACGCCACGGCGCCCUUCCGCCUCGUGCGCGCCGCCGCCCCCUACUUCCGCGUGCGCGACGGCGCCAACCGCUGCGUCGUCAACAUUAGCUCCACCUCGGGCGUCCACGGCAACGCCGGCCAGGCCAACUACGCCGUGGCCAAGGCCGGCGUCACCGGCCUGACGAAGACCAUUGCCAAGGAGUGGGGGCCCGCCUUCGGCGUCCGCGCCAACACCGUCGCCUUCGGGCGCAUUGCGACGCGCUUGACGGACGCCAAGGAGAAGGGCGCCUUCGUCGAGGGGCCCGGCGGCGAGAGGAUCGCUCUGGGGAUCCCGCAGGCGCAGAAGGGAGCCGGCCAGCAGCAGCCGCACGCCGACAUCCCGCUGGGGAGGCCCGGCACGCCGACCGAGGCAGCGUCCGUCAUCCUGGCUGUCGUCAGCCCGCUCUUCAGCUACGUGACCGGUCAGACGAUCAUGGUGACGGGCGGGCGAAACAUGUAG